AUGAUCUACGUUCAGAUCGCGAAAAGCAGCUACCCUGAUCGAUCAUCCCAAAAGCGCAUUCGCAGCAGGAGAUACGAUGGCUUUAGGAAACUCUACAAGCGUAUACACAAACUAGUCGUUGUGGUCGCGAGUGUGAGUGAAGCCGCCUCACCACGUCUCACCACGCCUGCCCACGCACGUCUGAGUGCCUCAAGUCGUCGCGCCUCCCCUCCCCUCAUCGAGCUUCCCCUCCCCUCGUUGCGCUUCCUUGUUCGCGCCACUCCUUGUCGCGCCUUUCCUUCCAUCGUCGCGCCACCACUCCUUUCGGCGCACAUCCCCUUGCGAUGUUCGCCUCCCGUCGUCGUGCUGGCAACCUCGUCGCGCCGGCCCUUGACGCGCCUCCUGUCCCAUCGUCGCGCUUCUCCUUCCCUCGUCGCGCUUCCCCUUCCCUCGUCGCGCUUCCCCUCCCCUCGUCGCGUUUCCCCUCCCCUCGUCGCGCCUCCCCUCGUCGUGCCUCCACUCCCCUCGUCGCGCCUCCGCUCCCUUCGUCGCGCCUCCCCUUGUCGCACCUCCUCUCUACGCGCGGCUUCCCCUCAUCCCCCCCCCUCCCUUCUUCCCCUCAUUUCCCUCCCUGCUUUCCCUCAUUUCCCCCCCUGCUUUCCCUCAUUUCCCCCCCUGCCUCCACUCGUUUCCCCCCUGCUUCCGCUCAUUUCCCCCCCUGCUUCCCCUCAUUCCCCCCCUGCUUCUUCUCAUUCCCCCCCCCUGCUUCCCCUCAUUUCCCUUCCUGAUUUCUCAUUUCCCCUCUUGCUUCCUCUCGUUUCCCCUCUUGCUUCCCCUCGUUUCCUCGCUUGCUUCCCCUCAUUUCCGCCCUGCUUCCCCUCAUUCCCCCCUCCUGCCCGUCCUUUUUCCCUUCUCCUUUCCCCCACCUGA